CACGACAGUCGAUAUCUCUGUGAAAGUGGAAUUCAGGGGCAGUGCUGUGAUGACGUCAUACCGCCAUGAGGAAACGAUCACGGCAAAGAAUGAGCAUGGAUUGAGAGAGAAAUUGGCUGAAACGCUGGAAAACGCGUUGCUGGAUAAACAGAUUGAUGAAGUCACCAUAACAACCGAUAUCUACCAUGGCAACAAGAUUCAUUCAACCCAGGUUACCAAGUUUGACGCAACAAUUUCAAAUGGGCUGGAUGAGGCGACUCUCGUUACCAGUACUAGAGGUAAUGACAUCAUUAAAGCCGUUACGUCAUCUGCAACAAGAAGUACCAAAGAAGUUCAUGACGUCACAACCACAACUGUGCUUGAAAACGUGUUCACAACUCGAUCGAUCACUUCGAUUGCUUCCACUCAAUCGUUCCAAAAGUCGACUUCCGCCUCGAGCACAGAAAACUGUGGCUUACUUACAAGUCGAUAUGUUUCCGAGCGAUCGUGUAUGACAAGUGGAAGGUCACGUUAGAUGUUGCUGAAUCUAUUUGCAAUCACAAUUUGGCCAAUAUUUAUGACGUCACACACCUCA